AUGAGACUGCCUCAGUCGUUAUUGUUGUUGGCUGCCACUGGGUCGGCCGCACAGGCUAGUAGUGACAAGCCUGCCCGUCCCCGUGGCUUGUCCCCAGAAUUUGCCAAAUUCUACCAGGACUCGACGACAUUUACCUGUAUCUCGAAUCCCUCGGUCAAAAUCCCCUUCUCGGCCGUCAACGAUGACUACUGUGACUGCCCUGAUGGAAGCGACGAGCCCGGCACGUCUGCGUGCGCGCAUAUCUCGCGCAAUUCGCCGCUAACAGUGGCCGACCGGCCUGGUGAUAGCGAUUUGGACACCGCGCCUGCUCUUCCAGGAUUCUACUGCAAAAACAAGGGCCACCGCCCAUCAUACGUUCCAUUCCAGCGUAUCAACGAUGGUAUUUGUGAUUAUGAGCAGUGUUGUGAUGGUAGCGACGAGUGGGCUCGUGUUGGAGGCACGAAGUGUGAAGACCGAUGCAAGGAGAUUGGCAAGCAAUGGCGGAAGCAGGAGGAGCAGAACCAAAAGUCGAUGACUGCUGCCCUGAGGAAGAAGAAGGACCUUCUUGUCGAUGCUGGUCGCCAGCAGAAGGAGAUUGAGGAUCAUAUUGUUGGACUAGAGAUCGAGAUCCAGGCUGCUGAGGUCAAGGAACAGAGCCUCGAGGCUGAUCUGAAGCUUGCUCAGGAGCAGGACCGUAAGGUGGUCCGCACUGGAAAGGGUAAAGGCAAGGUCAAUGCCCUUGCUAAGUUGGCCAAGGGCCGUGUUGAUGAGCUACGCGAUGCCUUGGUCAACGUGCGUCGCCAACGGGAUGAAGCCCUCGAGCGGGUGAAGGAGCUUGAGGAUAUUCUGGCUAAGGUCAAGGUGGAAUAUAACCCCAACUUCAAUGAUGAGGGUGUCAAGCGUGCGGUCCGUAGCUACGAGGACUACGCUGCCCGUGAACAAGGUACCGAGGAUUCGAACGAUGCCUUGGACCGCGACUUAGAUGAGAUUUCCAAGGCCGACGGCGAGGAAAAUGGUAUUAAUUGGGAGCACUGGGAAAACCAGGAGGAUGGAUGCCAUGACACUGACCUAGUGUACAAGCUCGCUGCUUAUCUCCCACCAUCGCUUGUCACCUUCAUUGAGGACAGAGUCAUUUCUGCCAAGAGCUUCCUUGAAGAAAACGGCAUUCUGCCCAAGGCCGAUCAAGAUUCUUCCACUGAAUCCAAGGCUGUGACCCGGGCACGCGAUGCCCUUAAGGCCGCACAAGACACUGUUGCAAGUCUUAAGGACAAGCUACGCGACCAGCGUGCUGACCUUGAGCAGGACUACGGUCCAUCUUCCAUCUUCCGCGCACUCAAGGGGGUCUGCAUCACCCAGGAUGCGGGUGAGUAUACGUACGAGCAUUGCUUCCUUGAGUCGACCAAGCAGAAUCAGAGGAAAGGAGGUAAUUCUGUGUCCAUGGGCAAAUUCUCGCAUGUUGGAACCCUGAACGUGGAAGAGGUCAACGAGGCUGGUGAGGUUAUCAAUGUCGAGAAGACGAUGAUUGAGUAUACUCGCGGCCAGUCUUGCUGGAAUGGACCUAACCGGUCGACCAAGGUUAUUUUGGAGUGCGGCGAGGAGAACAAAAUCUUGAAGACAGCGGAAGAUGAGAAGUGUAUGUACUCCAUGCUUGUUACCUCGCCGGCUGCAUGUGCAAGUGGCGAGGAGGCAGGUAAUGCUGUGCCUCGCUCGAAAGACGAGCUGUGA